ACCGCUAGCGCCCCUAUCACGCAGCGACCGCUGCAGAACCAACGCUUCGCGCAUUCGGAGCGCGCGCGUCCACGAGCGGCAACGACGCGUCUUCAACGGAGAGCGAGCGGACCUGUUCCUUGUGCGUGGGGCGCUGGGAACGCCCCUGUGAACGAGUGUGCGCUUGCCGAGAGGUGACCAAUAGCAGGCAGAUUAUGGCGAGCUUCCUUGGAUUACCGGACUGGUUUAUCCUCGCGGCAACGAUCUGUGUUCUUUUGUACCUGUACGCCUCUCGGGAUCGCAACUACUGGAAGAAGCAGAAUGUUACAUCAGAGCCAUUUGCGCUCAUAUUUGGUCCCACGCUAAAACUCAUGUUCCAACCUCUUCAUUUGCUUGAUACCACACGGUAUAACAAAUAUGGAAGAUUAUUUGGAACGUUCGAGACAGGCAAGAGGGCACUUUUCGUGGGCGAACCCGAACUGGUGAAGCAAGUCUUGGUCAAGGAUUUUCCUUCUCUGCCAAAUCGAAGGACAUUCAAGUUCUUCGACCCAAUGUUGGACAACAUGAUGAGCAUUGUUCCCUUGGAUCGAUGGCGGAAGAUUCGGCCAGCCUCGAGUCCAGCAUUUUCCACUGGAAAGCUCAGAAAGAUGAAUUCGCUAUUAAUGAAUGCGCUGAUUGAGGACUGCGCGGUGAUCACAUCAGAGCAUCUGAAAAAGGCGGCUGCAAAUGAGGAGGACAUCGACGUCAAACAGUUCUUCGGUAACUAUGCGGUGGACGUAAUCGCAAGAUGCGCUUUCGGCACAAGGUUGGACUCUCACUCAGACCAAACCAACGAGUUUGUCACCAAAUCGCGACAGGCGUUUUCCGGACGCGUGACGCCACGCCUUUUCGUAUUUUUUGUGUUCCCAGCUAUAGCGAGAAUCCUUGGGCUGCGACCCUUCAAUACGGACAUAUUCCUGUACUUCAAAGAGAUAUGUCUGAACAUUAUCAAGGGGCGACAGGACAGACAAUCUAGAAACGAGGACUUUCUUCAACUCAUGAUGGACGCCAGGGAAGGAAAACUUUCAUCGGCAGCAGAGAACGCUUCUGAACGUGACAACCAGCUGUUCAACCUCGGGUCAGAACUGAAACCCGACACGUCAUUUUCGUCAGACAAAACACUGACUGAGGACGAAGCAAUGGCGCAGUGCGUACUCUUCUUCUUCGCCGGCCAGGACACGUCGUCAUCUGUGAUCUCUUACGCUCUCUAUCUGUUGGCAAUCAAUCCAGAGGCACAGGAAAGACUGAGGGAAGAAGUCGACGAGUGCUUCAAUAUUCACGGAGAACACCCCAGCCUGGAUGUGAUCACGAAGCUCAAGUACCUUCAUGGAGUCGUCUCUGAGGCUCUUCGCAUGUAUCCUCCGGCCACAAGAGUCGAGCGAUCGCCCUUAGAGGACUACGUUCUGGAAGGCACAGGAAUCAAAGUGAAGAAAGGGGAUCUGAUUGCAAUCCCCGUGUACUCCAUGCACCAUGACCCGCAGUACUUUCCUGAUCCGUACAAGUUCGACCCCGACAGGUUCAGUGAAGACAACGUGGAUUCCAUCCAACCGUACACGUACCUGCCAUUCGGUGCUGGGCCGCGCAACUGCAUCGGCAUGCGCUUCGCCCUGCAAGCAGUGAAGCUUUCUAUUCUGCACACUAUUCGAAACGUCAAGGUGGUUCGCACGGAGAAGACGAAAGUUCCUCUGGAAUUCCAAAACGGUUUCAGCGUCCUCACUGCAAAGGACAUCACACUGGGAAUCCGAAAACGGGACCGAUGA